CGCCGCCCGCCCAGCACCCGUGUGAGCUGCCCGUCCCGCCCGCCCGCUCUCCGCUCUCUCGCGGCGCUCCCUCGCUCUCGCUCCCGCGGCGUCGCUCCUCUCGCGGCCUCGUCGGCCUGCAGGUGCCCUCCGAGCAGCGGCGGCCCGGCCCUCGCGCGACAGUGUCCUUCACCAGAGUGCCUCUCCCGCCGUCGUCGGCAGCGGCCAGUCCUCGCCGCCGUCGUCGCCGCCGUCGUCGUGCAGCGUCGCUCCCUUGCAGCCCGAGACCCGGUCCUCGACGCCCCGACGACGCCCACCAGCCCGCCUUGAGAUCACCGCCCACAUUCCGCCCACAGCCGAGGAUACCACACCUCAAGUGCCUGCAACAGAUUAAUUCCAACUUCGGUCAAACAUACGUUUCCCUCCCGUGCCCCCCACCCCCCUUCCGGGCUAAGCCUCCCCCCCCCUUCAGGAUCAAGCGACGUCGGACGCUGCCUCCCGAAGGUGCCAACCGCCGUCAGGUAGUCCACCCCCCCUCCUCCCCCCCAGGCCCACCCGCGGCAGGACCACCAGCGCCUUCCUUCGCCCCCCCCCCACCCCCCUCGAGCCCUGGUGUUGACCCCACGACAUGAUAUGAUUUGUGUUUUGUGUGAUUUCGUGUGAAAAGCGUGGGAAAAUCCCUGACAAGUUGUUCCUCACAGUUUGUGCUACGUUGUCCCUCUCGCGGCGCGCGUGUGUCUCCCCGCUCGUGGGGCGAAGCGGCCUCAAUACCAGGUGAAUUUGGGGUGAAUUGGGCUCCGAACCGGACACAAAGAGAGACUCCACUGCGGGGCUUGUCUGGCCAUUUAUCAAAAAAGGUGGAUUUCCCUUCACACGCACGCAUACAGCUCCCAGGCCGCCUAACCUGAAGAUCCGACGCCCAUCCAUUUAUUUUGAUCCGAGGAAACGAGAAAUCUGACAGUUGCUCCAGUUUUUUUUUAAAAGAGCCAGUUAGUCGCCUUCCUCCCCUCCCCCCUUUCUGAAAGUUCCUGGAGAGAGAGGAAAAAAAUAAUAAAGUGUUUAUUCAGUGACCUUAAAAAAAGUGCACGGCAGUUUCCACCGAUUUCUCCCUAAAGUGAAUUUUUUUAUAGUGCGAUUCUAUCCCUAUCAUUCGCGGGCUGGAGAUAAAUAUAUAAAUAGAAAGAGAAAUAUAAGUAUUGAAGAAAAGAGAAAAGAAAGGAAGAGAGAGAAGAGAGGAGAGAAGAAUAAAUAAAUAAAUAAAUUUGGUAAAUAAAUAAUACCCGAACGCAGUGAUAUUCAUAAAAAAAGUAAAAUUCUCAGUCAUAUCGGAAGUGAUAUUCUAAAAUAUAUAUAUAUUUAUAUAAAUAAAUCACAGUGGGAUUCUUAUAUUGUUCUCUCUCUUGUGGAAAGAAAAAAAAUAAGAGAUAUCAAACGGUAGUGAAACAAAAGAAUAAACGAAGGGGGGAAUAGAAGUACAAAAAAGAGAACAGAAAAGAAGAUAACACAGAAAUAAUUGCAACAGAAUGCAAAUAAGCACAGGCCACGUGUGAAUUUUGGAAGUGUGUCCUCUUCGACCAUUUCAUCGUCUCUGAAUUUAUAGGAUGCCAUGGAGAUUGUGAGCGUUCCUGCCAGCGUGGGCGAGGUGUUAGGAGGGCCUCAGCCGCCGCCCACGCCCACAUUUUCAGACGAUCACCCAUUACACGCCCACAACGACCACGCAGAUCGUGUUCGAACCGACGAGGAGGAAGACGAAGACGAGGUCGACUCCAGGAUGGACACCGACCAGGACGCGGCGUGCGACGAGGGCGCGGCCGAGGGCGACGAGGGCGCCGACGACUCUCUGGCGCCGCACCUGGAGGACGAGUCCAACCCCGAGGCGGAGGCGGCGCCCCUGGACGACGACGCCGCCGACCACAUGGACUGCGACGACUCGGAGGGCGCCCCGAUGUUCAUCGACGACGACUCGUCCUCGCGCGCCUUCCCCGAGGGCGCCGGCGACCUGUCGGCGGCGGGCGGCUCCCCGUCGGCCCCGUCGGCCGCGCUGCCCGAGGCGUCGCGCCGCAACAAGCGCAAGAACUUCAAGCCGCGGAACAUCGUGUACACGUACACCGACAGCGACGACACGGAGGGCGCCAGCGACUCCGAGGGGCGCGGCCGCCUCGCCUCGCGCGACGCCGACAACGAGGGCUCGUCGGCGUCCGAGCUGCCCCUCGACCUGUCGGAGACGCCGACGCUGCGCCGCACGCUGCUGCCGCGCCGCCUGGACGAGGCCGUCGACCUGACGGGCGGCGGCGUGUCCGUCAGCGGCGCCGGCGGGAACCCGCUGCACCCGCGCCUCAACGCCCUGCUGGCGCGGCCCACGUCGCCGGGCCCCCACGAGGAGGGCGGCCCGGCCGAGCCCUCCGCCGACAUGAAGGAGUACGCCGAGCUCACCAUGAGGCGCCUCCUCGGCCUCUACGGCUUCCACGACUUCGCCGAGAACCUCCCGCCGCCGCCCGCCGCCUUCUUCUCAGGAAAGCUUCUGGAGUCCCUGAAGAACAACGGCGUCGGGGGAUCGGGCGAAGGCGGUGCAGAACCCCCCACGCCCCCCCACACCCCCCAGAGGGACGGCGCCCACUCGGCUCCCUCCGACGGGGGGGCGGGACGGCUCCAGCCCCCCCCGCAGGUCCUCGAUCCCCUCCAGCAGCAGGCGCUACAGGCAAGGAUGCUCGGCGGAGGCAACUUCUCCACGCUGCUCACCCUGGCCGCUCUUCAGGACGGGAAGGGCGUCCCAGGGCAUGGCGUCCCCCUCCCCCCCACGAUGGACACCCACAAGUCCUUGCCCACCACGCCCACCACGCCCACAUCUACAGCCGUGACGCCCGGCCUCGCGGGGCUCUCGCUGGGCUCGGGGGGGUCCGCCCCCUCGUCCCUCGUGGCAGGCGGCAUGGGCGUCCGCGACCCCCUCAAGCCUCAGCUCGACUACUCCCGCUACGUGAAGCCCUACAGCUCGGCCUUGGAGUGCGGCACCCUCUCCUGCAGGGAACAUAACCUCAGAGAACACUUCCACUGCCUGGAGUGCGACUCGAAGGUGUUCAGCAAGAAGGAGGAGAUGAUCAGGCACUUCAAGUGGCACAAGAAACGCGACGAGAGCCUCCAGCAUGGCUUCAUGAGGUACUCGCCCUCCGACGACUGCUCUGACCGCUUCUCCAACUGCUCACACAACCGCAAGCAGACGCAUUACCACUGCCUCAAGGAGGGAUGCGACAAAGUGUACAUCAGCACAUCGGACGUUCAGAUGCACGCGAACUACCACCGGAAGGAUUCGGCCAUCAUGCAGGAGGGCUUCCAGAGAUUCCGGGCUUCAGAGGACUGCAACCAGCCCGGGUGUUCCUUCAGCGGCCAGAGGACAACCCACUUCCACUGCAUGAGGACCGGAUGCAACUACACGUUCAAGAAUAAGGCGGAUAUGGAGAAGCACAAGACUUACCACAUCAAGGACGAACAGCUGACCAAGGACGGCUUCAAGAAGUUCAUGAAACAGGAGGAGUGUCCUUACGACGGUUGCAAAUUCUCCCGCGUCGUCAACCACAUCCACUGCAUUCGGCCGGAGUGCAACUAUGUACUCCACUCCUCCGGCCAGAUCUUCGCCCACAAGGUGCUCACCAACACUCUCCUCUUACACCUGAGGAAGCACGAGCGCCAGGACCACGAGCGCGCCUACAGGAAGUACAAGCUGGCGCAGACGAUGCUGGGCAUGCCCGAGGGCCACCCCGCCCUCACGCCCCUGCUGCACGAGGCGCUGCGACCCCUCGGCAGCCUGGCCGGACACAUGGUCAACCCCAUGGUGGGUCCCCUCGGGGGCCCCCUGGCCGGCCCCAUGUGCUCGGCCGACCAGCGCAGCGAGGACUCGUCAUCGCCGCUGGGGCCCGCGCCCGCGCCGCCCGCCAUGCCGCUGUCGCUGCAGCGCCCGCCCGGCCCCCUCAUGGGCGGGUUCCCUCCCCCCGGCCUGGUGGAGUCGCAGCACCCGCUGGCGCGCCUGCUGGGCGUGGGGCCCCCGCCCGCCUCGCACGGCCUCUUCCCGGGCGCCUCGGCCACCAGCUCGGCCUCCACGCCCGCAUCCUCGUCCUCGGGCAACGCCUCGCCCGUCGACCUCAGCCUCAGCAUGGGCGGCGGCGACGACCGCGAGUGGGAGCGCUACGUGCGCUGUUUCGGGCGCGAGGACGCGUGCCGCGUGGGCUGCGACCUGUCGGGCGCCGAGCACUGGCACUGCGACGAGUGCGAGACGGUCUUCCGCGGGCGCGAGGGCGCGCGCGACCACGGCCACGUGCACGAGCAGCAGGCGGCCAUCACGGACGAGCACUACACGCGCGUGUGCGCGGGCGAGGACCCGCGCCCGUGCCCGCCCGAUUGCCCCGUGCAGGACCACGCCGACCACUUCCACUGCAACUGGGAGGGGUGCGGAGAGGCCGUCCUCAGCUCGGGCGACAAGCCCUUCCGCCGCCUGGAGCACUUCCGGAUGCACGACUACGCCCGCCGCCUCGCCCUGGCCACCUCGCCGGGGGCUGCGGGUGCGGGCGGGCCCAUGGGCGUGGCCGCCGUCACCUCCGUCGACGCCAUGUUCAAGCGGAAGCGAGGUCGCCCGCCCAAGAACAGGAUCAUUGAGGUUUGGAAUGACUACCUUCCUGUGUCCAGCGCCCACGACUCUCCGCAGGCCAUCUUCACCAGCUUCAAGCUCCCGAAGACGUCUCCGCCGCCGCACGGGCCGUCCCUGACCCUGCCCCCCGCCCUGGCCAGCCACCCCAUGACGCCCCUGGGCCACCUGGCGCACAUGGGCCGCGACGCCUCGCCGCCCGGCCUCAUCAUGUCCAGCUCCGCCAACACCUCCACCAGCACCACCAGCAGCGUCGUCCCCCAGCCCGCCACCCUCGGGGGACCCCUGGGGGGACCCCUGGGCGGACCCCAGCCCGUCCUCCUGCCGCUCCGGGGGCCGCUGCUCGCCAACCCGCUGCAGCCUCAGGCGGAGGUGGUCGACGGGUUCUACCCCUGGGCCGAAGGCGUGGCCUGCCCCGACCAGCUGUGCCCACUGCUGGGGCGCCGCCACUACCACUGCGCCCACCCGAGGUGUCUGUACGUCACCGCCCACACCGACGUCCUCCCGCUCCACGCCCACGAUUUCCACGAGAACACGCCCAUCCCCGAAGGGUUCAUUGCCAUCGACCGCAACAUUGACUGUCGGUCACCAAACUGUCAGAGCAACAAGGUGAACAAGCACUUCCACUGCACGCGCUGCGGCUUCUCCUUCGUGCGGUACCAGACCCUCGAGUCCCACGCGGAGAAGCACCAGCAGGAGGACGAGGGCGUGGCGGUCGCGGGCGGCGCCACCCACCACAGCCUCGGCCCGCAGUCGCCCAUCUACCUGAAGAAGCCCCGGCCGGACAGCCCCAUGGACACGCCGGCCCCCGGGGGCCCCGCCGGCAGGGACUCGCCCUCCAAAGGACAAGAUCUCUCGCCUCCAGUGGUCAAGUCCUCAGGGAUCUUCUACCCGCUGUCGCCCUUCCCGACGGCCAACCCCGGCGGCAUCCGGCCGCCCAACGCGGCGCGCGGCGAACCAGGCGCCCUCGUGACGCCCAUCCCUCCCUCGACGCGCCCGCAGAUGUCCACCACGUUCACCCUGCCCGUGUCGGGGAGCCUCACCAUCACCGCGACGCGCCGCUCGCCGGGGCCGCAGGCGCCGCACUCGCCGGCGCGCGACCGCAUGGAGCAGGGCGACGCCGACGACCGCGCCCACGACUUCGAGGCAGACGCCGCGCGCUCGCUGGGCGCGCUGGGCGGCGACCCGUACUCGGCGCGCCUCCUGCAGCAGAUGACGGCCGAGCAGGCGCCCCUGGCGGCCGCCCUGGGUGCCGACUGGAUGAGCCCCGAGCGCCACCCGCAGUACGGGCCGGACUUCUCGUGCGGGCGCCCCUUCUGCAAGCUCAAGAAGAAGGAGCACUACCACUGCCAGGUGUGCAACCAGGCCUUCAGCGAGCACGAGAAGCUGCGGCCGCACCUGCUGAAGCACGCCGCAUGCGGCCCUAUGACGCCCGGCGGCAUGGCGGCGGCGGGCGACGAGGACCCGCCGGCGCAGGUGAAGGAGGAGGCGGACGACGCGGGCCAGGCGCCGUCCGAGGGCGGCGAGCGCCCCUCCAGCCCGCGCAGCCCCAGCGAGAGCACGAGCAGCAGCAUGGGCGCCACGCCGCUGGCCGCGCCCGCCAGCAGCCCGCGCUCCCUCAGCACGAGCAGCAUCUCAGGGAGCAUCAGCGGCCCUCAGUUCCCGCUGGUGUACACGCAGGCGGCCAGCUUCCCCGGGCUGCCCACGCCCUUCGGGCCGCACCUGGGCAUGGCGGGCAUGUUCCCGGGCACCAUCCCCCGCCUGCUGCCGCCCACGGCCUGGCAGGUGCACCCCGCGCUGGCCGCCAUGGCCCACCAGGGACUCAUGCUGCCGGGCGUCAGACCCAACGGCGAGAUGCCCCACGGCUCGCCCGGCCCCGGAGGCAUGCCCGGCGUGAGCCCGGGGCUGCCGCCGGGCCUGCAGGCAUCGGGCGACCACAACCCCGUGCUGCCCGCCACGCUGGGGCCGUCGCCGCACCUGGCGCUGCUCGGCAAGCGGCUCGGCGCCGACGACUUCGCCGCGCAGGACGCCAAGAAGAUCCGCUCCAACCACUCCAUGCGCCUCCUCAAGGACGAGCCCGUACCCGAGGGCUACGUGCGCUUCAGGUUCAACGAGGACUGCCAGUACCCGCACUGCGGCUACCGGGAGCACCAGACCCACUUCCACUGCAUGCGGAAGGACUGCGGUUACUCGUUCUGCGACAAGACGCGGUUCGUGCAGCACACGGCGCGCCACGAGCGCCUCGACACCCUCAUGGGCGGGGACUUCAACCAGUUCCGGUCCAACGUGCCGUGCGGGCGCCCCGACUGCGUCUACGCCUCCAUGAUAGGCCAGCAGCAAAACAAGGCGUCGCACUUCCACUGCCUCAAGUGCGACUUCGUGUGCACGGACACCAACAAGGUCGUGGCGCAUCGGCGGCAGCACCAGAAGCGCGACUCCAUCAACGCCGCCGGCUUCGAGAAGUUCACGCCAUCGCAGCCGUGUGGCGUCCAGGGCUGCAACCACAACCAGAAGCAGACGCACUACCACUGCCUCAAGUGCCAGUACUCGGUGCUGGGCCUCAGCCAGAUGUCCGCCCAUCGCUUCCGCCACCUCGAAUGAAGUUGGUUCGGGGAGUAGUCUAGCGAGAUGCUCCCCUCAUGCGCCCCGCCGCGCCGCCGCCGCAGCCUCGGGUGCCGCCGCCGCCGCCGUCGCCGCCGCCGCGGUCGUCGGGCGAGCGGGCGACGCAGGAACGGCGGCAGGUCGUCAAGAGAGAGAGAGAGAGCUGGGCGUGCCGGCGGCGGGAGAAGGGCGUUCUUCCAGACUGCCUUGGAAAGUAGCGCUGGAAGACCUAUGUCUUGAAGGAACACCUCAGGCGGGCACGUUUUAGUCCCCGCCGCAGAGACGGAGAGUAGUACGGCGCUCGGCGCCCGUGUACUAUAGCGUAUGUUAUCUUUUAGCCGUACAUAUCAUUGUAACAUACCAACUGGUGUAGUUGUUAUACUUUCUACUGUACCUUGUAUCCAGUUUUUUGCUAGACAGAGGAAUUUGUACGAGCGAAGAAUUUGUGUUGAAGGACAAAAAAUAUAGAUAUUGCUCUUAGGAACUCCUGUGUACAAUAGAGAGAACGGGGGAGAGAAACCAUGUUGUAUACGGUGUUGUGGUUGUUCUACUCGGUGACUUAUAGUCAAGGGCCAGUGGGCGGUGACCGGGGCAGCAGCCCGAGGGCUGGCCUGGGUCACCAGGGCGGGCCAGGUCAGCGCACGCCUGGCCUGGCCCCCACCGCCGCCCCUGCCGAUUUCCACGCUUUGUGGACUAUAAACUGUGUUAAUCUGUUGGUUUGCUACGAACCAAUAUUAUCCUUAACUAAUUAUUAUUUUCCUGGAUGUAUGUGAUGCCGAUGAUGAUUAUGUAUUCUAUUGGUAUUCAAUACCAAGCAACCGAAGCCUCAGACCUGAACGAAACCCGAGUGCCUUGUUAAAGGUUAAACAGUGUCUUUGAGAUAGUGUCUUACUCUAGGUCGGUGUGGUGCAGCAGGUGGCCGACGCGAGCGACCGGAGGCGGGCAGCACUCGCCUCCACACCUCCUUGUGCCUUCUCGUACCCACUUUCCCGCACCGCCACCGCCACCACCACCGCCGCCUCCACCGCCUCCACCUCCACCACACGCACCUGACCUCCACACUCGCCCCCACGCCCAACACCCUUCAUAGCUUUGCUGAAUAUAAUUUUAUACUAUUUAUUCUUAGUGUUACCAAAUAUUAGUGCCAAGUAUUCCGUACUCAUUCAAUUAUUUUCUGUAGUGCCAAACCAUUUCUAUAAUUUUUUUUCUCUUUGUUUGUAAUUUGGUGGCAAAGAAUGUGCCAAUAUCAAUAAUCGUUUUUUUAUGUUUUAGGAAUUACGUAUGCUAUAUAGCACUGACUCACGUGCAUUCGCAUUGCAUAUUCAAGCCACGGUAGCGAGAUUUUGUGUCUGCUGGACCGGCGGCGCGAAAAAGGCUGGCGCCAGGAAGCAGGCAGACCGUGCCGCUGCAGGAGCCUCGCGCCCCUCCCGCGGCGGGCGGGCGGGCGGGCGGGCUCCUGGACUGGCGAAGGCGCGGCAGACGUCCGGCAGGGGGCGCCGACGGGCCCUCCUGCCGGCGAGGGAGGGAGUCCAGGGUAGUUGUAAGGACCUCCCAGCGUGAGGGAAGGAAGGCCGCUGAGCCUCUAAGCAGUAGAGUGUCUUGUUUGCUGUGAUGUAGGUACGUAGUGUUAGGAAGACAGACCAACCGCAGCUGGUGUGACGCGCGAGACAGUCGGUGGCGACCCCCCCCUCCUCCCUUGCCACGCCCCCGGCCACGCCCCGCCCGCGCUCGCGCCGCCCCCGCACCCAUGCUCUUUAGUGUUGAAUCACACCAAAUAUACUUUUAUUUAAUAUUCCUAAACUCUGCCAAAUUGCAGUUUUGUGGCAUUCUCGCACCUAGAGCGUGUACCUACUUGUUAUUGCAUGGCGGUGUGGUGCGGCGGGCGUGGGGGCGUGCGUGGGGGCGGCCAGCCCACGCCCACGGCUGACUCACGCCCACACGCAGGUCAGCCUGAAAGUCCAACGCCUGGCAGCCUUGGUUUCAGCUCACUCAGCACUGCUGAUGCAUUUAUGUACAGUCCUAUUUAUUACUGUGUGAGUCCCGGAUGUGGCGCCCGCCCGCGCCCGCGGUCCUCCUGCUGCGAUCCCCUCGCGCCCCUCGGCCGCUCGGACACGGAGCCCGAAGGACUCCGCUGAGCGUUGGCCAAGGGCAGCGCUGCCUGCCCUCGGGAGGCGUCGACGGCCGCCCGUGCCCCGCCCCAGCCCCGCCGCGCCAGGCGUCCCUCCGGCGCGCCGCCUUUAGGAGCGCGGCGCCCGGGGCCCGCGGCUCAGCCCGGCUCGCCGCCUGUGCCCCGGGCGCCGCGCGGAGAGUCCGGCGCCGGGGAGGAAGAAGGAGGAGAAGGAGAAGGAGAGAAUCGCCCCGAGACGGAGGGAAUGGCGGGGCGAGGAAGAGAGGAAGAGGGGAGACGGCGAAGGGAGGGAAGAGAGGAAGCAAGAAGAAGAGGGAACAGGAAGAGGAGGGAAGGGGGCGAGGGGAGCGGAGAGGAGAUGAAACGGGUCGCGCAUCUGGCGCUCACCACCAACACGCCAUCUUGGGGAAACUUACUCAAAUAAAGUG